CUUUCAUUCCGCUCUUUCCUCUUUGUCACACACACAGUGCCACACCUUUUAUCAAGGUCAAGUAGAAUUCAAAGGCAGGCGAUAUCUUCACUUAGUCUACUUAAUUCCCCCCACCCUGCGAAGACUUUUCUUCCUUCCAUCACCGCACACCAACCCGCCAACAUGGACCCCAACAAAAUCAAUUGGAAGGAUGCCUUCUUGUUCUUUUACUGGGACUUGCGCGAUGAAGAUUCAGAUUCUCCUCUUGCAGGCAAAGCGAAAUACGACAACUUCGUCAUGGAGUUCUUGAAGGGAGAGCGCUUGCCUCUCAACACCCUGUCCCGCCCCAAGUCAUGGAAUCACCUACUAUGGCACCUCAUGCGAUCCUCCCUGUAUCAGACAGGCAAGUACCUACAACAUUUUUCUGCGCGCCUGAACUUGGGAGAAAACGGCAGCAAGAGCAACUACAAUUGGCUCUACGAUUCUCCCUCUGAGACCGAAGAACCCUGGGUGAACUGGAUGGAAUUCCUCGACAUCUACAGCGAACAAGUCGAAUUUGACGAACGAAGAGAAUACGUUAAUCGCAUAUCCUGGGUUCUGGAUUACCUGGAGGAACGCGCAUACGCAAACAUCCAUUGCAACUUGACAAUGAACGAGGCCUGGGCCAGCAACCCCUAUCUUCUGGAAUUCGGAGACAGUCAGGGUCUUCGGCUUGACUGGGCGGUGUCGCUGCCCAUCACUGGGGCUUCAUCAUACGAACUAGGAUUGCCUUUUAUUCUCGACCAAGGGUUCACCAUCAAACAUGAGGUCGCUUCGAACGCCAUCCGUCUUCAUUCUGAUAGAGACCGGCUAGGAAAUCGAAUCUUGCUCAGCGCAGCACACUUCUACUACACGAGGAUACUUCGAUGGGCUGAGUACAUGUCGGAUCAAGGCAGAGUUUCGAGCAUUGGCAACUUCUUCCUAAGAGGUUCCGAGAUUCGCCACUGGUCGAAGCCGUACAAAGCCGCUGAUAGAUUGCGCAUCACGAAGGAGCUGUGGGAGAGCAUCAGAAGAUAGGCCAACAAGGCUAGCUGUCGGAUUGGACUUCCAAUCUGACUGCGAGUCAAGGAGAGUGCAGGGGCAAAUUCGACCCUCAACUAAACUCCAAUCGACUCUCCCACCUACAGUUCGAGCCUCCCUUUUACAUACCACGCAGAAUCAAUCAAUAGACAGCAAUUGGCCC